CUCUCUUCCGGGUGUUGGCAGUCAGUUAACUGGGGUUGACUAGAUGGGUUACAGCUUUUGUCAGAUUUGACUUUUCGUAGCAGGUUAGGAUAAUUAGUUUAAUAUUAGGAAAAAGGUCAGAGUUAGCUAAAAUGCCCAAAUAAACACACGUUUGGCGUUAAUUUGACAAAAGCUGUAGCCUUUCUAGCCUUGACCUCUUACUGGGUGAAAGGUGAUGAGAAGCGCUGCAUACACCACGAGCGGAGCAACAACACAAACUACCGCAAGCGCCUUCCUCUAGUCUAGUCUAGAAAAUAGCUGCAACAUCAUUUUUAUUUUGAAUGGACGAACGAAACCAACGUUUCACAUAUCGGAAUUUGCAGAAUAUCGCAAAGUACUAAAGUUUUUGUGGGAUUAAGCUGCUUCGAUCGGAUUGAAAACUGAAACGGACCUACAUUCGAGCCGUGAAAACAAUGCAACGGCCUCAGGGGCCAACUAUUUUAUAGCAAGCUAGUGCACUUGUUUCUGCAGUAACAUGACCAACCAGGUGUCAGAGUUCCCCACUGAGCGGACGUUCCAGUACCAGCAUAGCCUGCCUCCUCUCCCUGUACCGUCUCUAGAGGGGAGCCUCGCCAAGUACCUGGAUGCAGUGCGGCCGUUUGCUACAGAGGAGGAGUACCAGGUGACUGCAGCCGUAGUGAAGAGGUUUGGAGAGGGCAUCGGCAAAGACCUGCACCAAAAACUACUGCAGAGAGCCAGGACACGCAGGAACUGGUUGGAGGAGUGGUGGUUGAAUGCAGCCUAUCUGGAAUUGCGUUACCCCUCCCAGUUGAAUGUGAACUACGGAGGUCCUGCACCCUACCUAGAGCACUGCUGGCCCCCUACAGAGGGAGUACAGCUACAGAGGACCAGCAUAAGCAUGUGGCACACUCUACAGUACUGGGACCUGCUUCGCACGGAGAGGCAGGACCCUCAUAAAGCUGGUAAUGUGGUGUUGGAUAUGGACCAGUUCAGAAUGCUGUUCUGUACAUGUAAAGUUCCUGGAGUCACCAAGGAUACCAUCAUCAACUACUUUAAGACAGAGAGCGAGGGUCCAUGCCCCUCCCACGUGGUGGUGAUGUGUAAGGGGCGUUUCUUCUCGUUUGAUGCAGUGUGUGACGGACACAUUCUUACCCCUCCAGAGCUGCUCAGGCAGCUGACCCAUGUAAAGCAGUGUUGUGAGGGGGAGCCUGCAGGUGACGGAAUCGCCGCUCUCACCUCAGAGGAGAGGACACGCUGGGCUAAGGCCAGGGAGUAUCUAAUAGGUAUAGAUCCAGCCAAUAAGACCAUCUUAGAGACCAUCCAGAGCAGUCUGUUUGUGGUUUCACUGGACGAUGCUAAACCCUACGCUACUGCAGAGAACUACACAACAGUGUCCCUGGAGGUGCUGACAGGAGACCCCACCAUCCGCUGGGGAGACAAGUCCUACAACUCCCUCUCCUUCGCCGACGGAACCUUCGGAUCCAUCUGUGACCAUGCCCCAUUUGAAGGCAUGGUGCUGGUAACUCACUGUUACUAUGUGGAUCAGCAACUCAAAGCUACAGACGGCAAGUGGAAGGGCUCUGAGACGGUGCGGCCUAUGCCUCUUCCUGAAGAGUUGGUCUUCACUGUGGAUGACAGGGUCAGGAGUGACGUUGCACAUGCCAAGCAACAGUACUUUGAGACUACUCAGGACUUGCAGGUGGUGUGUUAUGCGUUCACCUCGUUUGGGAAAGCAGCCAUCAAACAGAGGAAGCUCCACCCAGACACCUUCAUACAACUGGCCCUUCAACUGGCUUAUUACAGACAGCAUGGGAGGUUAGGUAGUUGCUAUGAGACAGCGAUGACCAGAAGGUUCUACCAUGGCAGGACUGAGACCAUGAGGCCCUGUACCCUGGAGGCACAGAACUGGUGCCAUACCAUGCUCCUCCCUGCAGCCAGCGCUGAGGCUAAGAGGAAAGCCCUGCUGCUGGCCUUCAACAAGCAUAACAAACUGAUGGCUGAGGCACAGAACGGAAAAGGUUUUGACAGACAUCUCCUGGGCCUUUACCUGAUCGCCAAGGAGGAGGGACUUCCUAUGCCAGACCUUUUCACUGAUCCACUGUAUUCCAAGAGUGGAGGCGGCGGUAACUUUACCCUGUCCACCAGUCUGGCUGGCUACACCACAGUCCUGGGAGCGGUUGCUCCCAUGGUGCACCAUGGCUACGGGUUCUUCUACCGCAUCAAUGAGGACAGGAUCGUGGCUUCCUGUUCAGCGUGGAAGUCCAGUCCAGAGACAGAUGCAGAGACACUGUUCCAGAACCUGGUUACCUCCCUACAUGAGAUGCUACAUCUCGCUACCACAGCGCAGCUCUAACACACACACACACACACACACACACACGCGCGUGCGCAGAGUUUCUAGAUGCCGGCUAAAAAAAUAACCGUUUAAUAUUGUCCAGAUCAAUGCAAAGGCAUUGUAACAAUGUGGCAGGUAGCCUAGAAGUUAGAAUUAGGCCAGUUACUGAAAGGUUGCUAGUUUGAUUCCCCGAGCCAAUAAAUCUUUUGCUGUGCCUUUGAGCAAGCCUCUUAACCCUAAUUGCUCCUUUGCCAUCACCCUACUCUCCAGGGUUGUCUCGGGGGGAGUUGGGAUAUGCAAAAAAUACAUGUCCAAUGUGAAAUAGGACAAGUAUAAGCACCCACCAAAUUAUUAUUACAAUGCAGCCCUUGAUUGUUUUCUUAAUGUUUACAAGAAAUACAUUAUUUGUUUAAAUGCAGCUUAACAAAUGUGUUUAUUUUGCACUUUAAUUCAUGUAAUUCUCUGUGAUUUUGUGCAACAGCUAGAUUGGGAAUUUCCUGUGUUAAAAUGUAUUGAUUGAACUUCCUACCAUGAUUCCACAAAUUCAGGUAAUGCCUCCUUGUUUUGGCCUGUUUGCUUCUGAUUCGUUCCUAGUGAAUAUGACUCAAGACUAAGAGCAGGAAACGUCCCCUGGCACUAGAAUGAGUUAUACCAUAGAGAUACAGUUGAAGUCAGAAGUUCACAUACACUAAUUUGACUGUGCCUUUAAACAGCUUGGAAAAUUCAUGAAAAUUAUGUCAUGGCUUUAGAAGCUUCUGAUAGGCUAAUUGACAUCAUUUGAGCCAAUUGGAGGUGUACCUGUGGAUCUAUUUCAAGUCCUACCUUCAAACUCACUGCCUCUUUGCUUGACAUUGUGGGUAAAUCAAACGAAAUCAGCCAAGACCUCAGAAAAAUAAUUGUAGACCUCCACAAGUCUGGUUCAUACUUGGGAGCAAUUUCCAAACGCCUGAAGGUACCACGUUCAUCUGUACAAACAAUAGUACGAAGUAUAAACACCAUGGGACCACACAGCCAUCAUACUUCUCAGGAAGGAGACGUGUUCUGUCUCCUUGAGAUGAACGUACUUUGGUGCGAAAAGUGCAAAUCAAUCCCAGAACAACAGAAAAGGACCGUGUGAAGAUGCUGGAGGAAACAGGUACAAAAGUAUCUAUAUCCACAGGAAAAUGAGUCCUAUAUCGACAUAACCUGAAAGGCCGCUCACCAAGGAAGAAGCCACUGCUCCAAAACCGCCAUUUAAAAAAGCCAGACUACCGUUUGCAACUGCACAUGGGGACAAAGAUCAUACUUUUUGGAGAAAUGUCCUCUGGUCUGAUGAAACAAAACUAGAACUGCUUGGCCAUAAUGACCAUGUUUGGAGGAAAAAGGGGAAGGCUUGCAAGCCGAAGACCACCAUCCCAACUGUGAAGCACGGGGGUGACAACAUCAUGUUGUGGGGGUGCUUUGGAAAAAGGGCUUAAGGACAACAAAGUCAAGGUAUUGGAGUGGCCAUCACAAAGCCCUGACCUCAAUCCUAUAGAAAAUGUGAGGGCAGAACUGAAAAAGCCUGUGUGAGCAAGGAGGCCUACAAACCUGACUCAGUUGCACCAGCUCUGUCAUGAGGAAUUUUCAAAAAUGUACCCAAUUUAUUGUGGGAAGCUUGUGGAGGGCUACCCAAAACGUUUUACCCAAGUUAAACAAUUUAAAGACAAUGCUAACAAAUUCUAAUUGAGUGUAUGUAAACUUCUGAACUUCGGAUGAAAGAAAUAAAAGCUGAAAUAAAUCAUUCUUUCUACUAUUAUUCUGACAUUUCACCUUCUUUAAAAUAAAGUGGUGAUCCUAACUGA